AUGACAGUUAUAACUCAAAGCGAAGAUGUAUUUGUCAAUUAUAAACAAUUGGAAUAUUACAUACCAUUUCAGGGUUAUCGACGAUACGUUGCAUUUGCUUAUAUUGGUGUUAAUGCUGUCGGAUUUGUUUCUAACUUUUGGGUGUUAUAUACUGUUGCACCGUUACUUUUUUCGGCUACUAUUAAAGUACCAAAAAGUAUUCUAUUUUAUAUUACAACAUUAUGUAUUUCCGAUUUGAUGAUUAUGACUGGAAUGCUUUUUCUAAUAAUCGAUAUAGUUAUUGGUACUUGGAAAUUCAGCACAUUCUCAUGUAUAGCAUAUCUUGUCUUCGAAGCAAUGAAUAAGUUUGUUGCACCGGUAAUUGUGGUAUUAAUCAGUCGAACAUGUUAUGUAACGGUAUGUCUCGACCAAAAAAGUCAACGAGUAGCUGCUAGUUUGAAAUAUGCAAUAGUGCAAGUAAUCGCAUCAAUGGCACUUGUAAUGAUAAUGUUAUGGCCUCUUUUUGCAUAUAGUCAAGUAUCAACACUUUAUUUCAAUGCUAACACUACCCAAAGAACUGUUAAUGUAUUAAGAAAAUGUACUUUUAUGCCACCAUCCGAUAUUGAACUUGGCUUUGGUAUUGUAUCAUGCAUUGCUAGCUAUGCUAUACCGUUAGGCGGUAUAAUCUAUUGGUAUGUUUCGGUGCCAUUUUUCUUGAAGCGACACGCUGGUAAUUCACUUGCCAAUAGCAAUACAGCGCCGUUACGACGACUUACAGUAACAGUAUUAGUGCUUACAGCAGUGUAUAUAUCAUGUUGGUCACCAUAUUGGCUAAGUAUUUUUGCGCAUAAAUUUAUAAAUAGGAUGAGUCGAAGCGUUGUAAUAGCAUCAUACUACAUUCAUUUAUUACCGUAUAUAAGCUGUUCUGCAUAUCCGGUAAUAUUUACGUUCUUGAAUCGGCGCAUUAAAAUUGCUCGUGCUCAAAUGCAUUGGCAUCAGAGGCGGAGGAAAUUCGCUUUUGUCGAAUCAUCAUCCUAUAUCACCGAACAAUAUUCAACGUAA